AUGGGGGGAAAUGAUGGGAACUGGAAUAACACAAAUAGUGGUAACUAUAUAGGAGGUAAUGGAUAUGGAAGCCAUCAAAAUAAUGGACAUAAUAGAGGUAACAAUGACAAUUAUGGAAAUGGCAAUGGUGGAGAUAGGAACAAAAAUAAUGGCAGUGGAGGUAAUAAUGAAAACAAUGACAAUAAUAAUGGUGGUGGAAAUAGUGGGAACAAUGUUAAUUAUGGCAACAAUGGUGGAUUCAAUAGAGGAAAAGAUGCAGGGGAAUGGUAUAGGAAUCUUCCUGAUAGAUGUAUCGACAAUUGGGAUGAGUUUGUAACAUUAUUCUUUGAAGAAUUUGGAGAUCACAAUGAUCCUUCAUUGACAUCCCAUGAAUUAACAUGCAUAAAGAAUAAUCAGAAUGAAUCGGUUGCUGAGUUUAAUAAAAGAUUUAAUAAAAAAAAUAGGAAGGUCUCUGGGAAACUCGCUAAAAGAGAUGAUCCAAAGUUAUACAAUACUAGGAUUCCCAAGAAAGAUUACCUUACUCAGAUCAUGGACAUGCUUAAGGAUAUAAAAGGUAAACAAAAUCUUAAUGAAAAGCCACCAUACAGAAACAAUAAGCAAAUGAAUUUCAAGAGGCCUAGACUCCAUGAUAUGCCUUAUAACACCAACUGGAAGGAUGGGAAGCUAGUAAAACCAAAUCCGAGCAAAGAAACUCCAGAUCCACUAAAGAGAGAAAAUAAAUUUGUGGGAGAUUUUCUAUGGUGUGAGGUAUGCAACCUUCCCCAUGAUGAAAAUAAAUGCAUGAUUGCACAGGGCCUGGCAGAGGAUUGGCAUCAAGAAGAGGAAUGUGAGCCUACAACUAAUGUUCUAUCAUUAGAUACUAUGUGGGGUAGAGAUGAGGAUUAA